UGCGUACCGGUGGAUACUGCUUAGAUUCAGAGAUGCAUGUUCAAUGUAUUGCCGUGUGAGUUGCCGCCGAUGCUACCCAUCCACUCGUUGUGGUUCCUUUGCCUUGCCACAUAUCUGUGCCAGAUUGCCCUCUCCCUUGUGUACCAUUCUUGUUGGAGUGUUAUCUUUGUGAUCGUAUCCAUCAGAGGUGUGCGGUGAAUGGUACCGAAGCUCUAGCUAGCUACUAGGAGCGAAAGGUAUACACACCAUUUCUGUAUUAAUCUACAUUGCUACCGGUAGCGGAGGCAACUCAGAGGUGAUACCGUUGGCGGUCAGGUCACGCUUUCCCACGGCAGCCCUUAAGAUUCCGCAGAGUGAAUCUGGGUCGAUCUAUCUGGUUGCGAAUUAAUUAAUUGAUCGAGGCGUUUGAUUGAUAUACCACGGCAGAAGGACAAAGGGAUAUCAGCAUUGUGGAGGUUUGGAGUGUACCGACAUUGUCAAGCACGAAUUAGCUCGUUAGUUGUGAGGUUUGGAAUCUGCAACAAGCAAGCGGCAAUCCCCAUCACGACAAACUGUCAAUCAGAUCAAAUCAGGUCAAACCACUUCUCUCUAGCUGAAGUUGAAUUAAGCUGACUGAGACUAGACCAAGUCAAAAAGUCGGAUAGAAAGGUAUCAAUUUUGGAAGGGUAGCAGACCAUAUCAGACCAGGCCAACCUGCUAAGGAAGGGAAAAAGGAAGCAAUAUCCAUCCAUUAUCAGCCUCGGAAGGUAGAAGCCAGUAUCAGGAAGGAUCAGGAAGACUUAUCUUGAUAGGGUAGACAGACACACAACAAAUCCAUUUAUCUUCAAAUCUUCACACACAAGAAAUAAAUAAGCCAAAAUGCCACCCAAAAAAGCUCCCCCCAAAGUCCGCCAACCGCGAAAAGCUCCCGGUGGCGGUCGCAUGGCUCCAGGAAAACGAGGCGUGGGUCGGAAUCACACCUUCAAAUUCCGAUCGUCCAUUUUCGUCACACAACGCAAGAGCAAGAGUAUCGAAGACUAUUACGAGCUAGUCCAAGAACUCAACGAGGGUGCCUACGGUGUCGUAUUCAAGGCCGUACACAAGGAAUCCGGCGCCGAACGAGCCGUCAAAAAGAUUGAAAAAUCAAAAUGGAACCCCGAAGAAAAUCAAAAAAUCAUUGACGAAUUCAACGUACUUCGUGGACUCGAUCAUCCCAACAUUCUCAAAAUGUACGAACUGUUCGAAGAAGAUAAACAUUUCUACAUUGUUACGGAUAUCUGUAAGGGUGGAGAUCUACUAGAUGAGCUAGAGGCCAUGGAAGAAACUGGAUGUUUUCCCGAAGCGGAUGCCGCCAUCCUCAUGAAUCAGGUACUCUCCAGUAUCAAUUACUGCCACAAGAACAACUUUGUACACAGAGACCUAAAACCGGAGAAUAUUCUAUUGGAGCAGAACAAGGCCCUGCACGAAAUCAAACUCAUCGAUUUUGGAUUCGCCGUGCCCUGCGACGAAAAUCACACCAUGAGCGAACAAAAGGGGACCGCGGCAUACAUGUCACCGCAGGCCAUGCUGGAAGAACCCUACGGACAAAAAACAGAUGUCUGGGCCGUGGGGGUCAUUGCCUACAUUGUCCUCGCCGGAUUCAAUCCGUUCGAAGGACACACCGACCCCGAAACAGCCGUACUCGUCGAAAUGGGUGAAUUCGAAUUGGACAUUCCCGAAUGGGAAAACAUUAGCGACGAAGCCAAAGAUUUCGUUACCAAAUGCCUCGCAUACGAAGAAAAGGACCGAUUGACGACCUCGGAGGCAUUAGAACAUCCGUGGGUACGCAAGUGUAGAUCCGACAUCAACUCCGAUUUCUACAAGAGCGCCGCUGAUGAUUGCAUCGGCGCCAUGCACAAUUUGCAAAAAUUCCACGCACAAUCCAAAUUGAAACAAGCCACGUGCACAUUUAUCGCAUCGCAGCUCCUUACCAAAUCAGAAAAGGAAUCCAUCGAUAAGCUCUUUCGGAGUAUGGACACCGACUCGGAUGGAAAGUUGGGUCGACCAGAAGUGCAGGUCGGAUACAAGAGCAUCUUCGGAGAGGACUUUCCCGAAAAGGAUCUCGAUUCACUCUUCCAAGAAGUCGACAUGAAUCAGGACGGGAUUAUCGAGUAUUCUGACUUUGUCGUGGCGGCCGUGAACGAGGAAACGUUGCUAUCCACACACAAUCUACGCAAGGCUUUUGAAAUGUUUGAUAACGAUGGAGAUGGAGUCAUCUCAAGAGCGGACAUGGUCGAAGUCAUGAAGACUGUUGGUGGAGGAGAGGAAGUCCCAGACGAAGUCAUUGAUAAGAUUAUGAAUCAGGUAGAUACCACCGGGAGUGGAAAAGUCAAUUUUGACCAGUUCAAGGAUAGCAUGUUCAAGAACACUGCCGUUGCAGAAAAGACGCAGGAAGAACAGGAUGAGGAAGACAAGCUCUUGGAAGAAGCUCGGAAACGUGCCAGCGAAAGCGACGACAAUAUCUCGACCACUUCUUCCAAGAGAAUCACGGCCAAGUCGGCACUGCUAAUUCCACGACGUCGGUCGUCUGCUGCGGAUCACGCACCCUUCUGCCGCACGCUGUCGGGAUCGUCCGAUGUUUCGGCUCUUUCUGGUGCUUCCGAGCAUUCGAUGGACGAUGAGCCAGCCAUUAGACGAACAUUAACACCACCUCCCGCGGGUAUUGUAGUGAAACCCAAUUCGCGAGAAAAUUCGCCCAUGCGACGACCUGGAGGACACAAGAAGGGUGUCACCCGUACCAAGAGUGGUUUCAUGACGCAACGUGCCGAACCAAAGACAGAACCGCGAAGAGGCAAAAAACCAGUCAAGCCACAGCAGCCGGCAGCGAAAAAAGAGGACUCGGAUGCCAAGAAAAAUGCGGCAGAACCCAAGAAGUCAGAAGCUGCCGCCACAAAGCCGACAACAAAGCCGGAAAAGAAGGAAAAGAAGAAGGAGGAUGGUCCCAAGCCGACAACAAAGACGCCCAAGAAGAAGGAUUCUUCUCCCAAGCCAGCCUCACGAUCGCGAGCAAUGUCGGAUGCUUCGGAUUCGUCGUCUUCGUCCUCUUCCUCCUCGUCAUCCAGCUCCAGUUCUUCGGGAUCAUCCUCAUCGGGCAAUAACAGUUCCCCAAGCAAAAAGGCAAAAUCUCCAGAAAAGGCAAAAUCUCCGGAUUCCAAAAAGGCAACGCCGCCGAAGGAGGUGUCAACCAAAAAGGAAAAGUCUCCUGCAAAAGCUCCCGAGAGGCAAGCAAGUCCUCCUGCAAAAUCUGCUGCAUCGGACGAGUCAACCAAAAAGGAAAAAGCUCAGGCAAAAGCUCCCGCGAGGAAAGCAAGUCCGCCUCCCAAGGCACCUGCCAAAGCUGCUGCACCGGAGAAAAAGCCAGCUCCACCCAAAAAGCCAGUCAAGACUGCGGAGAAAAAAGCCGACAAACCUGCCGAAGAUGCCCCUCCAGAAGAGAAGAAAUCAGACACCUCUCCUUCUGGCGUGGACGAGGGUAGCAAGCGGAUGGACAACAGUAAUCGCCGCAUGGACGACAGCAGACGCAGUGAAACUGGCGCCAAGGAGAAAAAGAAAGGCUUGGACGGUAGCAGCAAACACAUGGAUAGCAGCAGACGCAGUGAAACUGGCACCAAGGAGAAAAAGAAGGGCAUGGACAACAGCAGCAAGCACAUGGAUAGCAGCAGACGCGGCAGUGCAACGGGCGGCACCAAGGAAAAAACCAAGGAGAAAAAGAAAGGUGGUGGUCUCGGAGAUAUGCUCUCUGAUCUGCCAUCUUCCAGCAAUUACAAAAAGCAACAAAAAAGCCAAAAUCCAAACAGCAGCAGUGCCAGCGUCCCAGCGAUCCCAACUCAGACUUCUAUCCAGCAGCGAAAGGAAGUAGAGGAGUCGGCGCCGGAACCUACUGGCAAGCGCUCGAGUGCGGGGGCUGCGCCGAGUAUCCGAGACCGCAUGAACAAUUUCAAGGGUACCGGUGGUGUGAUCAAAGCUUUCUUCCCUUCGAACAAGGGUCGGGGCGCUACCAAGGGGCUGACAUCUCCCAAGGGCAAAAAGGCCAGCGUGCCUCGCGAUGGCAUUCCUUCGUCCUCCCCAAAGACUGUCAAGGCGAAGGUUCCCAAAAUGAAGACCACCGGAGAGUUCCAAGAACCGGUUGCACGCAAUGGUUCCAAUGACGAAGCGGAUUUGUUGGCAGGAUCAGAGCCCGCAGUCCGACGGAAUUCCGGGGGCGGCGAUGACAACCUACGAGGAAGCUUGAAGAAUCGCAUGAGUGUCUUCGAGCAAAACAUAAAGAAAAACAAGAAUCAAGGAGCAGACAAGAAGCCUUGGUAGCAGUAAGCAACAACAAAAUGAGUAAUCUUUAAUUUAUGGACUGGACGUAAUUGUAAGCUUAAAAAUAGUAGUCUAUUCUUUGCCUAGCU